ACAAAGUGAGCUGCAAACCAUAUAUGGAGAAACCCGUUUCUUAAAACUAGUGAUGAACUCAUGCUCCUUCUGUUUUCUCAAAGCUGAAGUCAGCUAGCUUUGUAAAGCUGCGGGCUGAGCACUCAGAAAGGCAAUCACACUCAGAAACGGUGGCGGCUCCGGACUGCAGCCUCCGAAGGCUCCAUGCCAGACAAAGCAUGCGCGUCACGCUGGCUGCAGUAGCCUGGAUGGUUUCUUUUGUCUCCAGUUAUUCACACACAGCACACAUUUUGCCAGAUAUCGAAGAUGAAGAUUUCAUCAGAGACUGCGUUCGAAUUCAUAACAAGUUCCGUUCAGAGGUGAAACCAACAGCCAGUGAUAUGCUAUACAUGACUUGGGAUCCAGCACUAGCCCAAAUAGCAAAAGCAUGGGCCAGAAAUUGCCAGUUUUCACAUAAUACACAGCUGAAACCACCCCACAAGCUGCACCCAAACUUCACUUCACUGGGAGAAAACAUUUGGACUGGGUCUCUGUCCCUGUUUUCUGUGUCUUCCGCUAUCACAGACUGGUAUGACGAAAUCCAGGACUAUGACUUCAAGACUCGGAAAUGCACAAAGGUCUGUGGCCACUACACUCAGGUGGUUUGGGCAGAUAGUUACAAAGUUGGUUGUGCAGUUCAAUUUUGCCCUAGAGUUUCCGGCUUUGAGAGUCUUUCCAAUGGAGCACAUUUUAUAUGCAACUAUGGACCAGGAGGCAAUUACCCAACUUGGCCAUAUAAGAAAGGAGCCACCUGCAGUGCCUGCCCCAAUAAUGACAAGUGUUUGGACAAUCUCUGUGUUAAUCAACAGCGAGACAACGUCAAACGUUACUACUCUGUUGUGUAUCCAGGCUGGCCCAUUUAUCCACGUAAUAGAUAUACUUCUCUCUUUCUCAUUGUUAAUUCAGUAAUUCUGUUGCUGUCUGUUAUAAUUACCAUUUUGAUACAGCACAAGUAUCCUAAUUUAGUUCUUUUGGACUAAUAUGAUCUAGGUUUAAAAAAAAAAAACAAAAAAAAACCAACCUUAUUCACAUAUGGCUUAUUUUUUAACCAAUAACAAUUAGGUGUAUUUCUAUUUUAAAACAUUUCAGAAAAAAAAAAAAUAUGUUGCAGCAA